CUCUAGGUGUCCAGCAGGGAGCGGUGACGCGCAUGCAGAGCAGACGCUGUCGUUGAUAAUUCUCCGAAGAAGAGACGCAACAAUGGCUGCUGCCAGAGGAGAAAAUAAACAGAGCGUUUCAACCUCAGACGCGGAUCUCUUGCUGCACCCUGAGCUUCUAUCUCAAGACUUUUUGCAGCUCAUUUUAAGGGAGAGAAAUGUCGGCACCAGGGGCUGUGAAGACAGGGACCGGCUCACAGACCUCUACCUGCGGCAUGUCAUCCCGCUGCCGCAGAGGGCUUUACCCAACAGCCGCUGGGGACGAAGGAUGGAGAGCAGCCGGGGGAGGCAGUCAUCAGCUGGACACAGUCCCAAUAAUGACCAUCAUAGAAAAAGGCCCCUGAUUGUGUUUGACGGGAAGUCCUCUCAGUCAGGCCCGCUGAAAGUGAAGAAACCCGAGGGCACGCCGGGGACAACCGCAGUCACAGACAGAUUGAAACGUCCUCCAGCUGCUAAUCUGUCCAACCCCAUCCGUAAACUCUCAGGCACUUCAUCGUCCUCGUCCACACAUCAUAGCUCUGACACCGCAAACCUCAAACGGGAUGCAGAUACUUCGAGUGCCCUAAAAUCUCCAGAAGUGAAGAAAAAGAUCCAACACAUAACGUGGCCCUGAGCUCUGACCCGGGAGAGCAGCUCAGGCUCGUACAUAGAAAUCUCCCCUUCAUCUCUUUUACUUCUCACAGCCCACCACCAUAACAUUCACGAUUACAGUUUUCCUACUAGAAGAUGUGAGGAACCUCUUUCAGAUGUUCUCCCUUUAAUGUUGUUUAUGGCAGACAUUCAACACAGUAGAGCGACGCUCAGGAGAUCAACCCUGCUUGUUGAAGCCAGGAGAUUCCUUUUUGCAACCUCAAGUGCCCUUUUUGUCCUCAUAGCCAGCAUCUCUCAUCUUGUGUUUUUUUUUUUUGUUUUUUUUUAUAUAAAAACUAAUAUUUACUGUUCAUGGUUUCAUGUAUUUGAUGGACAUGCAAGUUUCUUGGUUCAUUAAAUAAAUGCAGAAGAAUUUAACACUUUGAUAAGAACGGAAAUAUCCACGAGCCAAUGAGGUUAUCCUGUUCACUACAUUGUAGAAGUGCAUAAAAAACAGUGUCAUUUGGUAACCAGUGGAUACCUGUGAGUUGUUGCUAUAAUUCCACUAAGACCACCGUUUUCUUCAGUAAUAUUUCAAAAAUUCUUGAUGGAAAAAAUGCAGGGUCAGCCAUUUACAGAUCGGCUAUUCUCCAGUAUUAAAUAGGCAUUAAACGAAAAGGUGCGGGAAAACUAGAACUACUUUUGUAUAUUGAAUAUGGUACAUUUAUGCAAAGUUGCAAAGAUUUCUUUAAUGCUGUAUUUAUUGGUAAAUUCACUUCGCAGCUGAGGUCUGUGAUGUGGAGUUCAUGAAAAACACAGGGAAAAACGUUUUCCACAUUUGUACAGUUUUUAAAAAAUAAAUUGUCAACACAAGGAA